CUGUGCGUCAGGGCUGGGGAUGCCACACAGAGAGACACGGGCCGGGGCCCUCAGAGGCCCCCGAGGUGGCUCUGCACUGGCAGGUGAGAGAUGGGUAUCAGGAUGCUUGUUUCAGUCUGUGAAUCGCAAACAAACCCCAGGGCUGGGUUCCGGGGAGCCACUGGGAAGAGAGAAAGAAACCUCCACCGCCCAGGGGUCCCCAAGAAGCCCUGUUUGCUGGCUGCCACCUUGAUUUGUUAUCCACCCACAGCCCUUGUCCCAAACUGACAUGAUUGUGUUCCUUCCUUUGUCUGUGGGGACUGAUGUGUGUCUGCAACAGAUACUCCAGGGCUGGGGGUGUGGCUCAAGGGCAGAGCACUUGCCUCGUGUGCUGGGAUUCCCAGCACUGCAAAAAGCACAAAGUACUAUAAACACUUAAGGAAUCAUAGCACUUGGGAGGCUGAGGCAGGAGAGUGAGUGCUGAGUUUGAGGCCAGCCUGGGCUACACAGUAAGACACUGUUCAGCACUCCCCCUAAAAGAGACAAACAAUGGGACUGCCUACAGGAAGAAGCCUGGUUGAAGGGAGUCCCUCAAGCCAAAACAUUUUCCAGUCUCACAGCUGGGGACAAUUUCUUGGAGUCAGAUCCUGCACCUUUCACUUCCAACACUCCUCCGUCUCCCAGCCCAGGUCCCGAGUGGACCUCAGAUUCCGGCCUCCAGAACCCUCCUUUGGAAACCCAGGCACGAUGAUCCCGGUGGCCGAGUUCAAGCAAUUCACGGAACAGCAGCCAGCGUUCAAGGUGCUCAAACCCUGGUGGGAUGUCCUGGCUGAGUAUCUCACGGUGGCUAUGCUUAUGAUUGGGGUCUUCGGCUGCACCCUGCAGGUGACGCAGGACAAGAUCAUCUGUCUGCCCAGUCGCGAGCCCUGGGAGAACGUCUCAGAGGCCCCGUGCCAGCAGCUGUUGCCUCGGGGGGUCUCCGAGCACAUGGGGGGUCUCCGGGAGCUGAGCGGCCUCAAGAACAACUUGGACCUGCAGCAGUACAGCUUCAUUAACCAGCUGUGCUACGAGACAGCCCUGCACUGGUACGCCAAGUACUUCCCCUACCUGGUUGUCAUCCACACGCUUAUCUUCAUGGUCUGCACCAGCUUCUGGUUCAAGUUCCCCGGCACCAGCUCCAAGAUCGAACACUUCAUCUCCAUCCUGGGCAAGUGUUUCGAUUCGCCGUGGACCACCCGGGCCUUGUCGGAGGUCUCCGGGGAGAACCAGAAAGGCCCAGCCGCCGGACGGGCCACGGCGGUCGCAGUGGCUGCAGCGGGGACCGGGUCAGGGAAGGCAGGCGAGGGCGAGAAGGAGAAAGUGCUAGCAGAACCCGAGAAAGUGGUGACGGAGCCUCCAGCCGUCACCCUGCUGGACAAGAAGGAGGGUGAGCAGGCCAAAGCCCUGUUCGAGAAGGUCAAGAAGUUCCGCGUGCACGUGGAGGAGGGCGACAUCCUCUACACCAUGUACAUCCGGCAGACGGUGCUCAAGGUGUGCAAGUUCCUGGCCAUCUUGGUCUACAACCUGGUCUACGUGGAGAAGAUCAGCUUCCUGGUGGCCUGCAGGGUGGAGACCUCAGAGGUCACCGGAUAUGCCAGUUUCUGCUGUAACCACACCAAGGCCCACCUCUUCUCCAAGCUGGCCUUCUGCUACAUCUCCUUCGUGUGUGUCUACGGCAUCACCUGCCUGUACACACUGUACUGGCUGUUCCACCGGCCUCUCAAGCAGUACUCCUUCCGACCGGUGCGCGAGGAGACAGGCAUGAACGACAUCCCCGACGUCAGGAACGACUUCGCCUUCAUGCUGCACCUCAUCGACGAGUACGACUCACUCUACUCCAAGCGCUUUGCCGUCUUCCUCUCCGAGGUCAGCGAGAGUCGCCUGAAGCAGCUCAACCUCAACCAUGAGUGGACGCCGGAGAAACUGAGGCAGAAGCUGCAGCGCAACUCGCGGGGCCGGCUGGAGCUGGCUCUCUGCAUGCUCCCCGGACUGCCCGACACUGUUUUUGAGCUCAGCGAGGUGGAGGCGCUUAGGCUGGAGGCCAUAUGUGACAUCGCCUUUCCCCCGGGGCUGUCACAGCUCACAAACCUUCAGGAGCUCAGCUUGCUGCAUUCGCCCGCCAGGCUGCCCUUCUCCUCCCAGAUCUUCCUGCGGGACCGCCUGAAGGUGAUCCGGGUCAAAUGCGAGGAGCUCCGAGAGGUGCCCCUCUGGGUGUUUGGGCUGCGUGGCCUGGAGGAGCUGCACCUGGAAGGGCUUUUUCCUCCAGAGUUGGCUCGGGCGGCUUCCCUCGAGAGCCUCCGGGAGCUGAAGCAGCUCAAGGUGUUGUCCUUGCGCAGCAAUGCCGGGAAGGUGCCAGCGAGUGUGACCGACGUGGCCGGGCACCUGCAGCGGCUCAGCCUGCACAAUGACGGCGCGCGGCUGCUGGCCCUCAACAGCCUCAAGAAGCUGGCGGCGCUUCGGGAGCUGGAGCUGGUGGCCUGUGGGCUGGAGCGCAUCCCGCACGCCAUCUUCAGUCUAGGCGCGCUGCAGGAACUUGACCUCAAAGACAACCACCUGCGGUCCAUCGAGGAGAUCCUCAGCUUUCAGCACUGCCGGAAGCUGGUCACGCUCAGGCUGUGGCACAACCAGAUCGCCUACGUCCCAGAGCACGUGCGGAAGCUCAGGGGCCUGGAGCAGCUCUACCUCAGCCACAACAAGCUGGAGACCCUGCCCAGCCAGCUCGGCCUGUGCUCCAGCCUCCGUCUGCUGGAUGUAUCCCACAACGGGCUACAUUCUCUGCCGCCCGAGGUGGGCCUGCUCCAGAACCUGCAGCACCUGUCUCUCUCCUACAACACCCUCGAAGCCUUGCCGGAUGAGCUGUUCUUCUGCCGUAAGCUGCGGACAUUGCUUCUGGGCUUCAACCACCUGGGCCACCUCUCUCCCCACGUGGCAGCCCUCGGGGCCCUUAGCCGCCUGGAGCUCAAGGGUAACCGGUUAGAGGUGCUGCCGGAAGAACUGGGCAACUGCGCCGGACUGAAGAAGGCGGGGCUGGUGGUGGAGGACACCCUCUAUGAGGGGCUGCCCCAUGAGGUUCGCGAGAGGAUGGAGAAGGAAUGAGGGCAGUGUGGGGCAGGCU